UGACAGUUUCCACUUACUCCAUUCAUCCCACUGCACUGGAAGCAAGAGAAAGCAGGCUUAGACUGAGGCAGAGUAAUUUACUUACCAUUAUAUUUGCAGAAAAGUAGCCCGUAUUUUGCAGAAAACAAGAGAAUUGAAGCAAGCAUUUUGCUUUUGCUUGAAAAAUGAUGGAGGAUUCAAGACGGGUCAGAUGUGACAGUCUGAGCGCUGGCUCAGGGUUUGCUCUGGAGAUGCUAACCCCUGGUGACCACGUGGCCCUUGAUCCAGGGGGUUCUGAUCCGGUCAUCAGCCUCGAACCCACGGCUGCAGAGGUGGCUCAGUGUGAAGCUGAAGUAGGCACCCUGCUUAGCAUCAUUGCUGAACUCAACAAAACAAUGGGGUCCCUUAAAGCACCGAGUGACCCAGGUGAAUUGAGGCCUCCCGUUUCAUCCAGGCCUCUGGUUCCCGAUCUACUGUCUCACCGACUGGUCAGAAGCGGCUCAGAGAGGAACUCUCCCUCCAUCAUCACCUCUAAACCUCCACUUAAUGAUCGAGGGGGCAGUGGCGUUGUCUGGACAAAGCUGCAAGAGGUUUUAUCAUCAGUGGAGGACUCCAUCAGCUACAGGAGAACCUGGGCUGCUCCUAUAACAGCGUCUGAUCAGGAGAAGCAGAAAGCUCACCUUAGAGCAGCUCAUGAGAACUGGGCUAAAGCCACACAGAUAGUGGAGGACAUGGAAAAGGAGUUUGGCAUUUCAUGUUCAGCCAGUGUUCCGAAGGAGCAGUAUCCAGAGGACAUGCUGUAUUUGGACAAAAAGGAGCCUGCUGCAACUAAUGCACUGCAGAAUCAGCAGGAGGAAGAGCAGAUGGCCCAGAACUCCACCAACCCUGCAGAAGAGGAGAAAAACAAGGUGUUUUCAGAUCUCAGAAGGUCCCGAAGGUCCGGGAGUCCUUCCUACUUGCGUUCUGCUGGAGCUUUUUGCCCAGAAUGGGCCUCUCCCCCCUCACCGUUACUCCACAGAAGAGCUGCGAGAUCAAUCACGCCUCUGUCUGUUGGUGGCGAUGGGGCUCCACUGGACUCAGGCAGCACAUGCUCCAGCCCCAUCAGCCCUGAGCCUGAAACAGAGCGACUGAACAGAUACAUUGAGAGGUUGAGGGCCAGAAAUGAACGGCUAACUGCAGCUCUGGAGCGAAGAAAAGCAGAAUCGGAGCAAAUGAGCACUAAACUCAACAGACUUGAGUCUAACUGCUCAACCCUGCAGUUGGCUCUGAGAUACAGUGAGGAGUGUGAGGAGGCCUACAGCGAGCUGCUGUCACUUUAUGAUGCCAAGAGGCUGCAAAACGUUCCUCUGCAGACAGACUCGGCAGAUGGGGACAGACAGCAGAGUGGAAGUCCUUCAUCUGAGCUCAGGAGAAUGGGAACGGAAGAGUUGUCCACCUCCUUCUCGACAGCAGGGUUCACUGAGAAAACACAGACUCCAGCAGAGCAGAGCACGCCUGAGUCUGGGGAUCGAGAAACAGCUCUCCGAAACCAUAUCGCCCUUUUGAAGAGAGAUCGUGCAGCCAUUUCUUUACACAUGUCUGGCCAAGGAACCGGGGCCAAGCUGAGCUCGGAUGCUGGUCAACCAGCUGGACAAAGAUGGGGACACGGGUCUAAAGAUGUCAGCAAGCCACCGGAUUCCAAGCGGGAGAAAGCUUCACUAUUUUAUGAACUUGUAUCUGUCAGGGAGGAGAUGUCUGAUCUGCGAGCUUUAAUCCGCCUUAAGGAGAAAGAACUACGGUGUUUGGAGUGGGGUUUAAUGGGCCAGAAGGCUCAGGAAGCAGCCGGAGUUUUCAUCCCAGAGAGUCUCCAAGAAGAAAUGGAAGACCAGAAGAUCGAUCAACAGACGCUCAAUGACAAUGCUGCUAGAGCUGGUUUUGAAGGGGACAUCACUAGUCCUCUGACCAGACCCAUUCUGAAGGAGCUGCAGGCAGUCCUGCAAAGAGAACAAGCCCUAAAGAAGAGACUGGCUCUGGUCCAUGACUCCUUAAACACAGCACUCAAAGACAACCCCUCACACAGGAAGGACAAUGGGGAGCAUAUUGCUCGCCUCACACAGGCACACAGCAAAGCACUGAGUUCAUACCGACAGAUUCGUAGAAAGUACCGGGAGCAGGUGUGGAGGCUGGAGCAGAAGGUGGCAGCCAUGAUGGAGAGUCACCACAGCCAGAGCGGAGCAACGAGGGAUGCAGGAGAAGCUCUGGAGUGGAGGAGGGAAGAGACCAUUUUAUGAGAUACCUAUUUAGUCAAAGCUAAUACUCAUCUUCAAUCCCCAUGUAAACAUGUUUGUUUAGAAAUCUGAUGUAGCUAUUUUAUAGCUAUCUUCAGCCCAUCUAACAUUAACCCUGUGAAGCCCACUUCAUUAAACAAUUGACAGAAAAAAAUCA